GCUCAGAGAAGGACUAUAUAAUGACAAUGUGAUGAAGUAAUCAAGAAUGUUGGCAGAUCUCUGUGAUAGCAGAUGGCCUGUCGAGGACGUAAGAAAUGGAAAUGCUUGUGAUUAGACUAUAUCAACGUGUUUGAAAUAGUAAUCCAGUGAAAGGAUUUGUGUGAGAAACAGUUGUGACUGUUCGGACUGGCUGGUGCAUAUUCAACAAACUGAAAAAAUUACGUAUAGAAUUAUUUAUACUGGAAUGUAUCAAUUUCGUAACAUGGAGAGUAUCAAUAUGAAUGUGUUGCAGCCUACAGUAUGAUUUCCUGAAGCAAGCAUGUACACACGCAUAUCAAGUGUAUUCUCCCGGAAGAAGAUCUUCGCAAAUUGAACAGUUGUGAUAAUGACAUCAGUGAUACCAAAAUUACAAUGGCAGCAUCAACUUAUAUCAGUGAUACAGAAAAUGUCAGCAACAAUCAGCUAGUUGAAAGCAUUAACAAUUCUUACAUUACGAAUUACCAAAGCAGCUCUGUGGUAAAAUCAGAACCACUUGACGGGGAAAGUUUUAUUGAACCUGUUGCAGAAAAAAACAAUGAAGAUACCAACAUCUUUCAAAGAACAGAUUUUGGAUUAUGGGACAUAGAGCAAAGAUGUCUUGAAGAAAAGAAUGUUACUCUUAAAACAGAGGAGUAUGUGGAAGAUUUAUCGGUACCCCAACAGGAGGAGGCGUUGGAUGAAGAAAAUGGGAAAUUUAGCUGUGAUAUUUGUGGCAAGGUAUUCACACAAAUCAGUGACCUUAGAAAACACACGAAGCUUCAUAAGCAGUCAAUCAAAUGUGACGUGUGCAACAGAUGUUUCUCUCAAAAAAGUCAAUUGCAGACCCACAUGAAAAUCCACAAUAGAAACACAGUUAACAAAUGUGCCUUUUGUGAAAAGACAUUUAAAAGAAAAAAUGCUUUCCAAAUGCAUAUGGACUCUUUACAUACUAUGACGUCGUGUGAUAUUUGUGGACGACAAGUUCCUGGAACGCUGAUGUUCCAAUACCAUACACUUGCUCAUGAGCACGAAAAAAAGUCACGUGACUUCUGUUGUGAUGCAUGUGGGGAAAUUUACAAAACAGUUGACAGUUUUCGAACACAUCUUGAGAUUCAUAAGAACGAUGGGAUACCUUACACUUGUGAAAUUUGUGGGAAAACAUUUACUACAAUUACCAAUAUUGGGCGUCAUAUGUCAUCACAUAAGAAGAAUCCUUCCGAUACACAUCAAAGCUCUAAUCCUUCUUCUGAUUGCAGUGAAAGCAAUAACGACAGUAUAAGUACCUCGCAAACCCUGACGGUUUCAGAUGUUCAAAAUUUCAUAACAGUGUUUAUAUGCGAACUGUGUGAUGAAACUUUCUUAUGCAAACUCAAGUUGGAAACUCAUUAUGAAAGUCAUAAAACAGAAUGCAGGGAUCGUAAACAUUGUAAGAAGACAUUUGAUACCGGAACAGCUCUAAAAAAGGAUGUAGAAAAUGCACAAACGACAACGACGACAUGCAACAUCUGUGGUAAAGAAGUUUCGAAAAAUGACCUGAAAACUCACAAGGCUGAACUCCACACAAAGGAUAGACACAAUGCGUGUGCAAAAGAAUAUUCUGGACUGAAUGGGGAAAAAAGUCAUAUUCCUACCAGCAAUUCGAAAGAAGAGAAGAAAUAUAGUUGUGAUAUUUGUGGUAAACGAUUCACACAAACCUCAGGAAUAAGGCGGCACAUGAUAUUUCAUCAACAAAAUAUCAAAUGUGACAGGUGCGGUCGUCAUUUUUCAGAAAUGCGCAGUUUACGCAGUCAUAUGAAAAUUCAUCUGAGAACAGAAUUUCCGAAGUGUGAAAUUUGUGAUCAAUCAUUCAAAACAAAAGUCGUUCUCCAAAGGCAUAUACGUACUUAUCAUACCACUGAGUCGUGCGAUAUUUGUGGACUACAAAUUCACCUACAGUUGAUGGGUAACCACAAACUAGCUCAUGAGCACGAGAACAAGUCACGAGAUUUCAUUUGUAGUAUAUGUGAAGACAGUUUCAAAACUGCAGACAGCUUUCGAACUCAUCUUGAGAUUCACAAGAACGACGACCGACCGUACACAUGUGAAGUUUGUGGGAAAACAUAUAUCACAGUUAGAAAUUUAAAGGAACAUGCACGUUUGCACAAAGACUGUGAGGAUACACAACGACUUCGAGACUCUGAAGAUUCGUCCAUUAAAAAUGGAAGCACUAUCAAAAACCUACAAAUGCCUGAACUUGAUGACAUUUCUAUCGGUCAGAAGAAAAAGUCAGUGACCCCUUGUAAUUUGUGCGGAAAAAUAUUCUCUAAAAAAUUGAAUUUAGAUCUACAUUUGAAAAGACAUCGUCGGGAAGAGAAGAAACGCAAUCAACGUAAAGAAAUAUUCAAAACAGAAAUAAGUCUUGGAAACCAUAUUGACAAUGUUCAUAUGAUGAAACCUUGUGAAGUUAGUGUUAAAACAUUUACAAAAGGUGAACCGAAACAUCAAAGGGCUGAUCAUAUAAACAAGAAACAAUAUAAUUGCGAUGUUUGUGGUAAAAUGUGUAAUGGGCUAAAUGGAAUAAAACGGCAUAUGGUUUUUCAUGAGGGUGUGAAUGACAAGAAAUCUAGGUGUGACAUUUGUGGGAAAAACUUUGUACAAACCAGAAGUCUGAAGAUGCACAUGAAAAUUCACAAGCAGUCCAUAAAAUGUGACAGGUGUGGUUGUUGUUUUUCAUCAAAAGCACAUUUAAAUUCUCACAUGAAAAUUCACAUGCGAACUGUAUUUCCCAAAUGUGAAAUGUGUGAUAAAUCAUUUAAAACAAAAGUUGUUCUCCAAAGGCACAUACGUAUUUUUCAUACCACUGAGUCGUGCGAUAUUUGUGGACUACAAAUUAACCGACAGUUGAUGGGUAACCACAAACUAGCUCAUGAGCACGAGAGAGAGUCACACGAUUUCAUUUGUAGUAUAUGUGCAGACAGAUACAAAAAUGCAGACAGCUUCCGAACUCAUCUUGAGAUUCACAAGGACGAGGACCGACCGUACACGUGUGAAAUUUGUGGGAAAACAUUUAUCACAUUUAAAAGUAUAAAGGAUCAUUAACGUUCGCACAGAGGU